GGCGGCUUUCUGGGACAGCCAUUUCUGAUUCAAGCCGGUGUUAAGCCGGCUGUCUGAGGGUAGAGCAGAGCCGCUCCACCUCCGCGCGGCGCCGGACAGCAGCGGCAUGGCGCUCCGGGGAGCCUGCCUGCUCCUCUGCCUCCUCUCCCUCGCCCAGGUCUCCGGCCAGCAAAACGCCAAAGUCCGGCAAAAGCCGGUGGCUUCCAAGAAAGAUGGUGUGAGCCUCAAGAUGAUUGAAGACCUGAAGGCCAUGGUUGACAACAUCUCUCAGGAGGUUGCUCUACUGAAGGAAAAGCAAGCACUCCAGACAGUUUGCCUGAAAGGCACCAAAAUUCACCUAAAAUGCUUUCUUGCGUUUUCGGAGACCAAGACGUACCACGAGGCCAGCGAAAACUGCAUCUCGCAGGGCGGCACGCUCAGCACCCCCCAGAACGGGGAGGAGAACGAUGCCCUCUACGACUACAUGCGCAAGAGCAUCGGCUCCGAGGUGGAGAUCUGGCUGGGCCUCAACGACAUGGCGGCGGAGGGCAAGUGGGUCGACAUGACGGGCGGCCCCGUCCGCUACAAGAACUGGGAGACUGAAAUCACCACCCAGCCCGACGGCGGCAAGCUGGAAAACUGCGCGGCCUUGUCGGGGGCCGCCGUCGGCAAGUGGUUCGACAAGAGGUGCAAAGACCAGCUGCCCUACGUCUGCCAAUUCAUGAUUGUGUAG